CCAGCAUCACUGCAAACAGCGUUACUUCGUCAGCAUGUUUAUUUCAGCUCGGGCGCUUCUUUUCUUCUUCGGUCUGCUGGCUUUGUUUGGAAUUAUAACGUUACUUGGAAAUGCGAGCGGGUCGGGUGACGUCAGAGUGGUUGUGAAAGAAGGAAGUGACACCAUUUUACCCUGUUCACUCAGCAACAAGGAGAACAUGGAGAAUAAAGUCUUUGACUGGAAGAAAGAUGGUCAGAAGGAGAUUUUCUUUUACAAUGCAGGAACUCAUUACAAUAACGGCAGAAUAGGUCAAGAUCAUCAGUUCAAAGGUCGCGUCUCACAUUUUCAAGAUGAGCUGAAGUACGGCAACACCUCCAUCAUCAUCAGAAAUACAAAGGUUACUGACAGUGGAGACUACACCUGUAUUUUUCCACAUCUUCAGCCAAGACAAAUAUUCCACAUUCAGCUUGUUGUUGACCUCACAUUUAGAGACCGAUCAGGAGAAAUCUCUGCAGGUGCAAAGCCGUCUGUCACUACACUGGAUCAAACAGCUGAUCGAGCCCUGCUGGAGUGUGAAGUUCGAGGUGCUUCUCCAAAACCUAGAGUAGAGUGGCAGGACAGUGCUGGAAACAAACUUCCUGCUGAGGAGCCACAGGUCUCAGAAAGAGGAGGCAGCUUCUACAUCACUGUCAACACUACUGUGAAGAAGACCGACAACUAUCGCUGUGUAGCCACACAGGAGGAGAUCAGCCAUCAGAUUCAUACUGAGAUCUACGUGUACAUCAGUGGGUCCCCCAAAGAGCCCCCCACUGAGUACUGCAUUGGAUGGACUGUUGCUUUUGUAUUUGUUGGCACUCUUUUGUUAGCUGCUGUUCUUCCUGUAGCUGUACUUAUAGCAAAUGGUGUCAUCUCACUUAUAUAUUAAACAGGUUCACCACCAAAGAGACAACGAGCACUUUGCGUUUUAUUCUGCUGAUUUUCUGGAUAUUCAGUUACAAUUUGCACUACAUUGCUGUGGAAACUUGGAGACUCACAGCAGACUUUUCACUUUGCCUGUGAAAGUGGCCGCUCUGACCAGCAAAACACUUUGCACGUGGUCGAACUACACGUUAUACAGACUAGUUUAUUUCAAGUCAACCUACCUUUACAAUUCACCUCAACCAUUCCUCUCCCAAACAAGUUUUACACUAACAUUCAUUUAUUUGAUUUUUUCCACACAUCUUAUAUAACUUAUCUACACAUUAACCAUUUUGUAGUUUCCCUAGACAGAUGUUGUCAUUAAUUAUUAAUUAUUAAUUAUUCCAACAAUAUUUAACAUUCAAAACGUCAUCAUUGAAUAUAAACUGGGGUUUUGCAGAAUCAUCCGAUAAACGUGUAAAUGUUCUGUCAGGUCGGUUCUGUCACAGUAGGAGUUUCUUUUUCAUCAAUAAUCAAUAAUUCUGUUAAAAGAGAAUUAAAUAAAUCUUGAAAUUUGGUGUGACAGAGGAAAAAUCCCAAGCAAGGCCAGAAGAAAAGAAAUACAGUUUUUAUAAUCUCCAGAGAUGAGCAGUGCCCAAAACAACAACCAAAACACUCAAAGAAACCUAAAAGCUUCCCUAAACCAAAACCAAAAUGUAAAGAAAAGACAAAGCUCUAAAUUAGGCUUCUACUUUCAAAAACAGGACAAAAAGGGUGCAAACAAAAAGGACUCCUCAUUCCUACUGACUGCUAGUAGCUGAACCAACAAAGCCACAGCAAAGACAGUUGGUACAUAGCAAACAAAACGGUUAAAGCCAACAAAACAAGGUUGUCAAAGACAAUCAGAGUUAAGCUACGGGUACUCAAAGUCUAACGUGUUCACUUACAAAGUCUAGUAUGCUCACAACAGUUCUGUACGCACAAUGAAAACAGACAGUACCUCGGCUUUCAGGGAUGAGAACAGCUAUCAGUGCAGGGUAGCGUUGUGUUGUUCAAACGUUUCGUUCAUUUGACCUAAUCUUGCAUGUGACUCAGGAGGAACGGGUUGUCUUAUUCGUUCAUUUUCACGCAUGCAUGAAGGAUCUUGGACUCUUACGUUCACUCGUCACACAGCAGCUUCCUGGGUUCUGUCAGCACAGGAAAACAUAAAUGUGAAAUGUAAUUAUAUUUAACUAUAAAGUGAAUGUUCCUCCCAGAAACUGUGUGUAAAGCUGGAUACAGUUUUCUUGGAUGGGGCACUUAAGUGCAUCAGUUCUAAUCAGUUCCAAGUGCAAUCCCCACUACAUAAAUGGGUAUUUUGAGCAUUAAACACUUAAUUUCCUGCAUUGUGGUGAAGAUUUCUGCUCCAAUUUAUGGUGGAAAUGUCUUAUUAUAUAAAGGGAAACAAAAUUCAGGUGGCUGGUGAUUCAAAAUAUCUAAAUAUAAUGUAGUGAGGCUCUCAGGUAUUCUUUAUAGCUUUUAAAGAUUUUCUCCUUAUAAAUUAUUUAAUAUCAUCCCUGCUAAGUCAACACAUGGUUAAGUCUUACCUCCUCUUUUGUGUCUUUAAAUGUGUUUGUGGCCUCUUUUCAUUUUCUUUAUUAGCUCAUCUGUUAAUAACUUAUCAUAUCAUAACUCUGUUGCCCACAGAAUGACAAUGUAACUGUGGCGCAUGCAGUCGAUGUUGACUACCAGCUAUACACAGCAUGCUAGUGUCGAAAAUCCAGCUGUAUUCUAACGUUAACUUAGCUCUCCUUAUUAGCUAGGCUCCUUACAUGCUUGCUAAUAACUUUUUAAGCUGGGUCUCCGACAUCGGACUGGUUUUAUGCAGCUGUAUUCAGGCCGCCACAAUUAAAUGAACGUAUGGGAAACACUGUAACUUAUCUGCUCAUGUUCAAAACUUUCUGUGUAUCUGUGUUCUCUGACAUGUAAAGAAAAAAAGUCGUAAUAUUACGAGACUAACGUCAUUAGCCUAUUUAAAGAGAAUUCAUAAUAUUUUACUACAUGCCCUAUACUGCAUUAUGUUACUGAUUUGCUGAAAGUUUCCCCUCGACCGUCUGACACAGAACUGGAUGAGACAGGAGAUGCUCAUGCUGGGGGGAAACAAAACUAACCUUCAGCACCUCUGAUAAAGUGCUGCUUACAAUACCCAACAGAGCAAAUCAGGGCUUUAACCUUACAUUUUUAUAGCCUACUGAAACCACUGUAUAUGUCCGCUUUAGCGCAAACUGUCUGCAACUCACAGCGCGAGGUGGGUCCAGGUUACUCGCUGGUGUCACUCGCUUGCUGUCAGGGUGAGUCCGACAGCGGAAUAUCCCUCUUGUAAAUGUGUAACCACUGUGAUAACAAGACGUUUACGUAGUAUUCCACAGUAAUACCAAGAAAGAGAGCGUCAAUUUUCCAGAGUUUACACAGUAAACGCCAUGUGGGUAAAAUUUUACAGAUGAUACUCUGACUUCCCGUUCCUGUGAAAACAGCACGGAG